AUUCAUUAUAACACCCACCAAUUAAUUAUUAGCCUUCCUAAAUAAAAUUACUUAAUUAAGUGUAAAAAAUGGGGUCAAUACCUGAAGUAAGAGAUCGGGUUAAGCUUCAUGCAGUUUGUGUCCCAUUUCCAGCACAAGGCCACAUAAGUCCCAUGCUAAACCUAGCCAAACUACUCCAUUCAAAAGGCUUCCACAUAACCUUUGUAAACACCGAGUUUAACCAACGCCGGUUUCUAAAGUCAAGAGGCCCGAACUCUUUAGAUGGUCUCCCAUCGUCCUUUCGAUUCGAGACCAUCCCUGAUGGCAUACCACCUUCUGACCCUAAUGCAACACAAGAUGUCCCUUCUAUGUUCCAUGCUGUUCUUAAUAAUUGUUUUGAGCCUUUUAAGAAGGUUCUAGAAAGGCUAAAUGAUCCUUCCUCGGGUUCACCUCCUGUUACUUUUGUUUUGUCGGAUUGUAUCAUGCCUUUCACGAUUGAUGUUGCACGUGAGGUUGGGGACUUGCCGGUGGUUUUGCUAUGGACGGCUAGCGCUUGUGGGUUCUUGGGUUAUGCUCAAUAUCGAACUCUUCUUGAUAAGGGUAUAGUGCCUUUCAAAGAUCCUAAUUAUCUAACAAACGGGUGUUUGGAUAUGAUUGUUGAUUGGGUCCCUAGCAUGAAAGGUAUACGAUUAAAGGAUAUCCCAAGCUUCAUAAGAACCACGCAAAAAGAUGACAUUUUGUUCAAUUUCUUGAUGAUUUCCGUCGAAAAAUCUUGCCAAUCGUUGGCACCAAUCAUUUUCAACACUUUCGACGCAUUGGAACAAGAUGUUCUCGACGACAUUUCCAAAAUGACGGGUCCAAUUUACACUAUUGGACCGUUACACUUCCAAAACAACGAAAACAACGACCCUAAUAAUAAUAACGACGAUAAUAAUGACGGGGUUAACUCUUUGGGGUCCAACCUUUGGAAAGAGGACACACAUUGCCUUGAAUGGCUCGAUUCGAUGAAGCCAAACACCGUACUAUAUGUAAGUUUCGGGAGCAUCACAACCAUGACAAAAGACAACCUAGUUGAAUUCGCGUGGGGGCUCGCAAAUAGCAACCACCCGUUUCUUUGGAUCGUUAGACCCGAUAUUGUUACCGGGGAUUCGGCGAUUCUGCCACCGGAGUUUUUAGUCGAGACGAAAGGUCGGGGAAUGUUAGCUAGUUGGUGUGAUCAAGAAAAGGUGCUACACCACCAAGCCACGGCGGCAUUUUUAACUCACUGUGGGUGGAACUCGACUCUGGACACUAUUUGUGGAGGGAAACCAGUGCUCUGUUGGCCGUUUUUCGCCGAGCAACAGACUAAUUGUUGGUAUUUUUGUAACAAAUGGGGUACGGGUAUGGAGAUUAACAAGGAUGUUAAACGGGCCGAGGUUGAAAGACAAGUGAUUGAAUUAAUGGAAUGUGAAAAGGGUCAAGAAAUGCGUCGAAAUGCUUUGAAGUUGAAGAAGUUAGCUGAAGAAGCAACAAGGGAGAGUGGAUCGUCUUACUUGAAUCUUGAACAAUUGAUGAACCAAGUGUUUAUUCCAUUGAAGGAGGGUAACAAUUGAUACUUCGAUCUUUACUACAAGAAAACGCGUUAUUAGCGUUUUGUCUUAGACGGUCGAUAUUCAGUAUGUAACGAUUAUUAAUUACGAUAGUGUUUUAAGCAUGAUAAAUAUGAGAUGGGGGUAAUUUUCCAACUUCAUUCAAAUAAGUUUGUACUCAUUGAUGGAUUAUAAAAGUUUACCAUUUUAAGCGUU